AAAUUUUGAUAGCUCACCUGCAAGCCAAAAAGUUCUACUGUACACGGUAAGCCGACUCAAAUUACCUUUCCCAGCAUAGCGGUCUCUUGGGGUGACGCUAGUCUCCAAAAGGCAGGCUUCGAUUGGAAUCCGCGGAAUUAUUAAUCCCAGCACUGAUGACUCAUCCCAUGUAUAACUCGGCACUAUAUUAACUAUAUCAUAUCCAAUGCGAUAAGCUCCAACUCCCAUCACAACACCCUCCACACAUACUAUACCACUAGUGCAUCUCGAGACGCAGAACAUCCAGCAUGACAGACCCAGACCUAACCCUAACAAUCCACCACCAAAGCACCCAGCACACCCUCACCCUCCCGUCAACCGCAACACUCCAAGACCUCACCAACCACCUCGCAACAACCCUCCACAUCCCACCGGAAACCCAGAAGCUCCUCAUCGCCCCAAAACCCGGCAUGCAAAAGCACCCCUUCCCCGCAACCCCCCUCACAACCCUCCCACUCACCUCCCCGAAAUUCAAAAUCACCCUCCUCGGCACCCCGACCGAAGAAAUCCGAUCCCUCCACGCCCAAUCCGAAGAAACCGCCCGCCGCGCCUCAUCCCGCGCCGCCGCCCUCGCAGCAGCCUCGAAACACAAACCCGCCCGAACACCCUCAGGAAUCCACACUCUCUCCUCCUCCUCAAACAACUACACCUUCCACCGCCUCCUCCCGCUCUCAUACCUCCCGCGCCCAGAGCGCUCCCUAGACUUCCUCAAGCGCCUCCGCGACGAUCCAGGGAUCAAGGCCGCGAUGGCGAAGCACAAGUUCUCCGUCCCGCUGUUGACGGAGAUGAACCCCGCUGAGCAUACGACGAUGGAGUCGCGGACGCUGGGCCUCAAUCGGAACAAGGGGGAGGUGAUUGAGUUGCGGUUGCGGACGGAUGCAUACGACGGCUAUCGGGAUUAUCGGACGAUACGGAAGACGCUGUGUCAUGAGCUGGCGCAUUGCGUGCAUAGUGAGCACGAUCGGGACUUUUGGGAUUUGACCGCGCAGAUUGAACGGGAGGUUGAGAGGGCGGAUUGGAAACAUGGUGGGCAGAGGUUGACGGGGCAGGACUUUUAUGUUCCGGAUGACUGGGAGGCGGAGAGGGGGAGGGAGGUUGUUGAUGAGUGUGGGUGGACUGGCGGGGAGUUUGUGCUGGGAGGGUUGAAGGAGGAUGAGGUUGGGAGGAGGGCUGGGGCGCAGGGCGUUGAGGGGAGGAGGGAGGUUUUGGCGAGAGCUGCCGAGGAGAGGAUGAGGAAGAAGAGGGAGGAGGAAGGGAAUGAGAGUGGUAAUUGAUGGGGGAUUUUGGGUUUAGGGUGGGUCGUAUUGUAUAUAUGUUUAAUCAUACAAGAUAUGAGUUGAUGAUAAUGAAGACAUGACUGCAUUAGAGCUAUUUCCUACAUGGUUUUUGAUAUGUAUAGCUUGCGCCAGGUACAGGAUGGCCAGGAAGGUCUUAUAUAAACAAUCUAUACCUGCUCGUUGACGAACAGGCCCGCCAUGCCCUGU